CAUCAACAUUCCAUUUUGUGAGCGUUUUGUGCAAAGAGUAGUUAUUUCUACGGAUUUUGUAUUUGUACUAUUGAGUGUUCUGGAUUAUUUCCGAUUUCCUAUUGAUUUUUGUAAUAGGAAAUUUACUCGGAAAAUUGCCAAUCAAAUCAAGGAAAAUUCGACGAAGAAGAAGAGUGCAGUGUCCGAGACAGUUUAUAAUAAUGAGUGAACCAGGGAAACAUUUCGAAGUAAACUCUGACCCGACCUUAUCAAACGUUGGCGUAACGCGGAUUGUUGAUGCCCCAACAUUUAGAAAUGCUAUACCAUCUACGUCAACAGCGGUACUUGUGGGGCCACCAGUUCUACCACCGAGACCAGAUUUAGCUGUCCAGCCAAGUUACUCUAUGAAUAGCUAUGGAGGUCUUGGUGGGACUUAUGGAAUGGCUGGUUCUUACGGUAUGGGGGGGUACAGCAAUUACGGGUAUGGUGGAAUGGGGGGUUAUGGAAUGAAUUCUUAUGGCAUGGGAGGAAUGGGGCCUUACGCCAGUUAUAACAGGUACCCUGUUUAUGGGGACAUCGAAAAUAGAUUCAUACAACUGGCUGAGGAGAGAUCGCGGCCAGCUUUCGACUCCAUACAGAGUGUGGUAAACGCCGUUGGAAGUGUGGCUAUGAUGUUGGAAAACACAUUCUUUGCACUGACCAGUUCCUUCAGAGCUAUAUUGGGUGUCGCAGAGAACUUCGGCCGUCUGCGAACACUGUUCGCCCAGUUCUGGUCGACGUUCGCCGCGGUGCGUACACUCAACUGGUUGGUGCGGAAGCUGCUGGUGUUGCUCGGUAUCAGAACCGAGUGCGAGUUUAAGGCGUGGGCAGAGGCGGUGGCAGCCACGCAGAACGGGUCGGCGACGCCCGAGCAGAAGGCGAAGGGUUCGAGCUGGCCGAUCCUGCUGUUCUUCGGCGUGAUCGCCGCCGCGCCCUACAUCGUGCUCAAGAUGCUUAACGGCCUGUCGAAUAGCAUUCACGAGAGAUUGCAAGACCCGAACUCGUGGCAGAACCCGCUCCGCGCGGUGGCGCAGCACGACUUCCACGCGAGCUCCCCGCAGGAGCUCAGCUUCCGCCGCAACCAAGUGCUGACGCUCGCGCCGCAACACCUGCAGGGCCACCUCUGGAACUCGGGCUGGCUGAUGGCGACGGUGGACCGACAGUUCGCCGGCCUCGUGCCGGUUACCUACAUAAAAGUCAUCAAACCGGUGGAAAAGAACGAGCAGACGGCCGAAACGCAGAAGACGGUGGAAACGCUGAAGACGGAAACGCCGAAGGCGGAAAAUCAAAAGGUGGAAAGCGAAAAUCUCGAGAAACACUUACCGCAACAGGCGUAAGGUCGCUCUAGUCGGCUGUCACUGGAAUUGACGUUUGGUUUUUUUUUUUCGUUCGUUCGUUUUGACGUUCAGUGUCAAGCGGUCAAUGUCAAUGUGUAAUGGCGCGUAAUUAUGGGCUCGUUUUAUAUGUACUAUCAUAUCCAAAUAGUUUAAGGUUCUAUAAUAAUCACAGUAUAAUUAUUGAAUAAUCAGUGGUAAUCGGUGUCUAUAACGGUUAUUUACAUUUUAAUCUUGUUUUAAAAAUAAUAUUAAUAUGAUAAAAUCAAUUAAAUGAUAGCCAUUUAGUACAUCAAAACCAGUUACUAUACAAUCUAUAUAUUCACGAAAUUGGAUGCAAUUACAUUUCAUAUCAUAAUAAAAUAUAUUUAAGGACAAACUUAACAAAUAUAAAAAAAACGGCGAGUAAGAAGUGUCGCCUGUUUUUUAUGAUUGCAUUAAAGAAAAACCUAUCUUAUUCAUUUAUUUAUUUAUCAAGACACUUAUUAUAUUAUUAAGAUUUGUGCCAAUUAAAGUCGAAGUCAAAUGAUGUAAAGGGGAUGUGACUAAAAAUAUAAAUAUAUAUUAUUCUUCACCGAUGCCGUUCGGUAAACUUUCGCGGUAUAUUGUUUCAAUAAAUGCGAAUAAAGUCGUAUUAUCGC